UCAUUUCAUUUGUAGAUGAAGUUGACUUUGUUUGUCUCUUCGUAUUGGUCAUCAAACCAGAAACGACUUGUGUUGAACCAUAAAAAAUACAAGUUAAAACACAAGUGCACUUUUUGUAUUUCAAGUGGAUGGAGAACAGAGACGCAAGCCUCUCUUCCAACAAGUCCUCUUGUAUUACAAGUCGUCAAGAAGGAUUCUUCCAAAACAGAAACUUCGGUUGCUUUAUCAAGCUCUUCUUCUGAUAAAGGUGAAGUGAAGUUGGGUCUCAAGUCUGAUAGUUUAGGAACACUUCCUUUUUGGGUAUUUGGAGCAGUUUUUAUUGUGGGUAUCAGAUUGUAUACCAAUAAACACAAAAAGAAGAAAGAGGAAGCAGCUGAAAGAAAGAAUAGUUUAGGCGAAACUUCUGAAGUGGAGACGGAAAGGAUUCCAGAGAAAAAGACUAUUUUGGAAGAGGAACAAGAAAACUCAGCUCUACACGUAUUCAAAUGUGCUAAUUGUGGUUACUCUUUGUUUCCUGCAAAAGGCCGAGAAUUUAAGUUUUUCACCGAUUCUUUCAAGUGUCCUGCUUGUGGUUCCACUAAAGAAGCUUUUUAUGAUACUUCGGAUCCAAACGAUCCAAGAAAUAAAAGGGAAGAAGAAGAAGAAGAAGAAAUAAAAGAAAGCUCUUAAGGUGGCACUUUCAUUUGUUUGUUGUUUAUUGACAAUGUUGGAUAUGAUUACUUUCUUGAGUAUGAGGAGAUUUGAUAAUCUUGAUUCGGUUUUGUAUAGUAUAAAGAGAAGAAUCGGGUAUCCACAAACGUAUAUCGAAAAAGGAAGAAUAACGUUCUAAUGGAGAUACUUGUAUAUGUUGU